AUGUCAACAUAUGAAGAAGCAGAAGAAAGACCUGCUAAUACCUCAGGAAAUCCUGUAACAUUGCAAUAUGAAAUUAUUGCAAAAUUAUAUGAUGAUUUAAGAUAUAUAAAUCCAACUGCUCAUGAUUACGAUUUUGCAUUGAAAAUCAUCUAUAAAAUAUCAGGAAUUACUUUUUGCUCUGAAGAUGAGAGAAGAGAAAGUUUUAAAAAUUGUUUUUAUGGGACAUAUAAAAUAGCACUAAAUCAAUAUACUUUUGAUAAUAAUAUUACCACAGCUAUAUUUGGAAGAAAUGGAAAAUAUAUGUUAAGCAAUUUGAAAGUCAAACUAGAGAUAGAAACUGGUAAUUGUUGUCAUAUUAACUAG